AUGGCCAUGAUGGAUGCCGCUCUCCGCCAGUCCAAGACUGUGUGCCCUUUUCUCAAGACCGCUUCGCCAGCCACGCUCCGUGCCCUCUCGACCGCGGCUCGUUCCAAGCCGUCACCAUGCGGAGGCACCAUGUCCAAGCUUCAGGUGUUUGCUCACCGCUGCCCCGUCAUGGGCAAGGCUAUUGCUAUUCAGUCAGCCAGAGCUGGUGUUGCCGGUGCUGGCUUGCGUGCCUUUGCCAGCCAGGUCAGGGCUGACAGGGCUGACAGGGCUGACAGGGUUGACAGGGCCGCCAGGGCUCGCUUUCACACCACUCGUGUCCACGAGGCCAGGACUGUGGACGCACCAAUUCUCGAGGGCCGUAACGAUGGACGGGCGCACCCAAGCUCGAUCGGCAAAUUCGACUACGAGGGCUUCUACACGUCCGAGCUGGAAAAGAAACACAAGGACAAGUCCUACCGGUACUUCAACAACAUCAACCGCCUCGCCAAGGAGUUUCCGCGUGCCCACAUGGCGGACCAAGACGAUCGCGUCACCGUAUGGUGCGCAAACGACUACCUCGGAAUGGGUCGAAACAAACGAGUCCUGAGCAAGAUGAAGGAGACGCUGGAUCAGUACGGCGCUGGCGCUGGCGGAACCCGAAACAUCUCUGGCCACAACAAGCACGCCGUCCAACUCGAGGGCACCCUGGCCAAGCUUCACGCCAAAGAGGCGGCGCUGGUCUUUAGCUCCUGUUACGUGGCCAACGAUGCGACGCUGGCGACGCUUGGAAGCAAGAUGCCCGACUGCGUCAUCCUGUCCGACAGCUUGAACCACGCGUCCAUGAUUCAGGGCAUCCGCCAUUCGGGCACCAAGAAGAUCGUGUUCAAGCAUAACGACGUCGCGGAUCUCGAGGCCAAGCUGGCGUCGCUCCCUCUCCACGUGCCGAAAAUCAUUGCUUUCGAAUCCGUGUACAGCAUGUGUGGCUCCGUCGGCCCCAUCGAGGCCAUUUGCGACCUGGCCGACAAGUAUGGGGCCAUUACGUUUCUGGACGAAGUUCAUGCCGUGGGCAUGUACGGGCCGCACGGGGCCGGCGUGGCCGAGCACCUUGAUUGGGAGGCUCACGCCAGGGGAUCGCCUCGCAACACCAUCAUGGACCGCAUCGACAUCAUUACCGGCACUCUCGGCAAGGCGUAUGGCUGCGUCGGCGGCUACAUUGCCGGCAGCGGCAAGCUGGUCGACAUGAUUCGUUCCCUGGCACCCGGCUUCAUCUUCACCACGUCGCUGCCGCCCGCCACCAUGGCCGGAGCCAGGGUGUCCAUCGAAUAUCAGAUGGAGUACGACGGCGACCGAAAGCUGCAGCAGCUACACACGCGUGCUGUCAAGGAGGAGCUCAGCAGCCGGGACAUUCCCGUCAUCCCCAACCCUUCGCACAUUAUUCCGAUUCUUGUCGGCAAUGCCGAGCUGGCCAAGGCCGCGUCCGACAUGCUUCUGCAGGACCAUCAGAUUUACGUGCAGUCCAUCAACUACCCGACCGUCCCCGUGGGACAGGAGCGACUGCGUGUCACACCCACUCCGGGGCACACCAAGGAGUACCGUGACGAGCUGGUGGAAGCCGUGGACCAGAUAUGGACUCGCCUGGGAAUCAAGCGCACCUCGCAGUGGGCCGCCGAGGGCGGUUUCAUCGGAGUGGGUGAGCACGGCAAGGUGGAGCAGCCUCUGUGGACAAACAGGCAGUUGGGAAUCGAGCAGGCGGCCAAGGAGAUGAUGGCUGCUGGAUGUUGCAGCAGCAGUGGCGGCUUCACUGAAGCUCUGCUCGAGCGCGAAGUGAUUCGUACUACCAGCGCUCCUGGCGUAGCUCCUGGCGUAGCAGCACACUAA